CUAAAAUUGUGUAGAACUGCCAUUUUGUACGGAUCUUCCAAGUUUGGAAGAGAAUUUUUCUUCAAAUAACUGCUGUUCUGCUUUAAUUUUCUAGAAUUUGAGAAAAAUAAACGGUACAUUGAAAAAUUUAUUUGAUAUCUAACUAUUUCUUAUUUCAUUUUAUUUUUUUAUAAUAAAAAAUAUCAAUCGUUUUAUAAUCAGUAGGUAUACCAUACAAAUCGACUGAUUCUAAAUUGAAUCACGAAAUGAUCUUAAACCAGCGGUAGUAAAGCGAGUACAGAAGUAAUUUAAUCGAUUAUAUGUCAAUCAGAAUGUAUUAUAUUAGAUUGAUAUUAAUUUUAUCGUUUUAUUAAAAAAGUUACGUGUAGUUGACAAACCGAAUGAUCUUAUCAUGCGCAUGCGCAUUUUUUAGAAGUUAUUGAUUAAGAUACCAAAUUACGCAUAAAUUGGUUCAUUAAACUAUUAUAUUAAUGCAGUUGAUGGACGGAAGCGUUAAAUCCGAAGGGGCGGCCCUGCUGCCACCAGAGGAAGUUGGUUAUAUAGCUGAUAAAACAGUCAAAGCGGAGAGACGCCUAGGCACGUCUCCAUACGACGUUGACGCAUGGAAUGUCUUAGUCCGUGAUGCUCAGACGAAGAAUAUUGCAGAUGCUAGGAAGAUAUAUGAAAGAGUUGUCGUACAGUUUCCGAAUUGUGGCCGCUAUUGGAAGAUGUACAUUGAACAUGAGGUUGGGUUUUAG